AACACAGCUUCGGAUCAAGCUUAUUCUUCGUGUAUUGCUUUGCAACUCUAGCAAGUGGUGAGCAGUCGGGUCGUUGCACAAUCAAAACCAAUCGAGCUGGACUCCCUCAAAUAGUCUCUACGAUGAAGGCAGCAAACGAGCCUGCCUACCUGACCGUGGGGACGGAGGUCAGUGCCAAAUACAGAGGUGCCUUCUGUGAGGCAAAAAUCAAGACUGUUAAACGGAUGGUGAAGGUUAAGGUGAUGGUCAAAGGAGACACCACCUCGCAAGUUGUUCAAGAUGAUCAAGUGAAAGGACCGUUAAGGGUGGGCUCCACAGUGGAGGUGAAGAGUGCAGAGGGGAUCUGCAGUGAGGCAACCAUCAACAAACUCACAGACGCCAGUUGGUACACAGUGGUGUUUGACGAUGGGGAUGAGAAGACACUCCGCAGGACGUCACUGUGUCUGAAGGGUGAAAGACAUUUUGCUGAGAGCGAGACGUUGGACCAACUGCCCCUAACCAACCCAGAGCACUUUGGCACCCCCGUCAUCGGGAAGAAGGGAAACCGCGGAGGGAGGAGGUCAUCUCAGGCUCAUGCGGACGAUGACAAGGAGUCGUCUUCCAGUGAAGGUGACAAUGAGGACAGGAGGAGGCUAAACGAUGACCUGAUGGGUAAAGUGGCCAGUGUUCAGACUGGGACAGAGCGGACAUCCUGGUACCUGGCCCUGGUGAUAUCACCCAGCUGCAAUGAUGACUUGACAGUCAAGAAGGACCAAUGUUUAGUCAGAUCAUUUGCAGACUCCAAAUUUCACACUGUGGCAAGAAAGGAGAUCCAUGAAGUGAACAUGGACAGCAUCUCUAACCCUGAGUUCUCACAGAGGAAAGGGUUGGAUGAGGCAGUGCAUUUCCUCAAGACCAAGGUAGUUCCUGACAGUUGGAAGAUGGACAUGAGUGAGAUUUUAGAAUCCUCCAGCAGUGACGAGGAGGACACAGAAGGAAAGGAGAGUGACGACGAUGAUGAGGAGGAGGAGGAGGAGAAGGAGGAGGAGGAGGAGGGGAAGGAAGAUGCCAAUGAUGAGCCUGAGGAUGAGGCAGACCCAGAGGAGAGGGAUCACUUCCUGCAGCAGCUGUAUAAGUUCAUGGAGGAUCGAGGGACGCCAAUUAACAAGCCUCCUGUGCUCGGCUACAAGGAUCUGAACCUCUUCAAGCUCUUCAGGCUAGUCUACCACCAGGGGGGCUGUGACAAAAUUGAAAGUGGAUCUGUGUGGAAACAAAUCUACAUAGACCUUGGCAUUCCCGUCCUAAACUCUGCUGCAUCCUACAAUGUGAAGACUGCCUAUAGAAAGUACCUGUAUGGCUUCGAGGAGUACUGUCGCUCAGCCUGCAUCGUCUUCAGGACCAUCCACCACAGCGAGGAUCUGCCAGCUUCCCAGUCCCAGACAGAAGAGAAGGCUGCCCAGAUCCCUGAGGUGAAGGAGUGCCAGGGCCCAACACCAUCCGUCAAAACUGAGUCUGCUGCGGCCAUGGAGGACAAGCCUGCCCAGGAGGAGGCAGAGUCGGGGAGCGAGAGCGACAAAGAUGUCUCCUCUCCUAGGGGGAGGAGACGGUGCACUGUGACCCCGGUCAAAGCUGAGGUGAAGGAGCCCUCAAAGCUGGAGAAGAUCAAAGAGAAGGAGGAGCAGAGUGGUGUGGGGGAGACCAGCGGAGAGGAGACUGGAGGUCCGAGAGACGGCAGCAGGUCAGAUGGAGGGGACACCCCGGGGAACAGACGUAGCCGACGCCUGGAGGAGUCCGAUAAAGAGUCUGAGGACGAGGAGGAGGAGGAGGAGUUGGAGGAUGAGGAAGACAGCGAGAGGAGAGUCGGAGAAAGGGGUGAGGACGAAGACUCUGAAGACUCAGUAACAGGGACUAAGGUGAAGGUAAAGUACGGUCGAGGGAAGACCCAAAAGAUCUACGAGGCAAACAUCAAGAAGGCAGAGAACGAUGAUGGAGGAGAUGUCCUCUACCUGGUUCACUACUACGGCUGGAACGUCAGGUAUGAUGAGUGGGUCAAAGCAGACCGGAUAAUCUGGCCUGUCGACAAGGGCGGAACAAAAAAGAAACAGAAAAAGAAAGUGAAGAAUAAAGAGGAAUGCGAGAAGGAGGACGACAAGCAGGGGAAGCUGUGUGGCUUGAAGCGAGGUCGCCCUCUUCUUAGAACCACCCCCGCCAGCGCCAACCGCAGCGUCUCCAAGACCCCCAGCAGUGAGGGGCGCUCCAGCAGCAAGAGCAAAUCUGAUGUAUCAGCCCUGCCCAACGGAGAGGGUACCCCUCGCCGACGCACAAGAAGAACCUCUGGGAUGUAUGACUCGGACAGGGAUUCUACCUCGAAUGAAGAAUCGGGGAACUCGUCAGAGGACAGUGAGUCAGAGGAUUCUCCUGAGAAGAAGCCUGCGUGGGCGGAGAGGACAGACCCCGCCACGGCCCGUAAGCAGGAGGAGGAGGAGGACCGGAGGGUGGAGAGAGGAAGAGCAGAGGCAGCGGCCGCCGCUGCAGCCCAGGUCACAGCCCAAGACCAGCCCCCCAGCAGCCCUCAGGAGAAGGAGCAGCAGGAGGACACGCUCCCUGAGAGGAGGGAGCCGGAGAAAGCUGAGGAGCAGCCCCAGGUGCCCCCCAUGACCCCUGAACCCGACAGAACCAAGGAGGAGGACCCCCCUACCCCGAAAUCCCCCAGGUCUAAAGCAGCACGUAGAUGUAACGUUCGCGAGCCAGAGAGGAACACCAACAAUGACACUGGCUCUGAAACACCCACCAAAACCACCACCAUCAUCACCACCACCACUCCCAACUACACUGAGACCGAGUCAUCUCCCUGCCCGCGCCCCCUGAACAGGCAGGAUGAGCCCAUGGUGGUCCUUCAUUGUCUCCCUGCUGAGCACAUUCCUAGCAUCCCCGACCUUCCCACCAUGGACUCGGACACAGACUCGGCCACGGAGGAGGAGAUCUGCAGGGAGGAGCGAGGUGUGGCCAAGCGUAAAGCCACUGAGCAGAGGACGCCGGACAAGAAGGUGCGUCUGGACAGGAGGGAAGAGACGACCAAGAUGGACUCGCCAGCCAGGCGGCCCGCUGACUCGCCAGCCAGGCGUCCCGCUGACUCGCCCGCCAGGCGGCCCGCUGAUUCGCCAGCCAGGCGGCCCGCUGACUCCCCAGAGUGGAGGCUGGAGGCAGGGGGACAGAGAGGCGAGGAGCGCCUGACGCCAGCAAUGGGUAAAACAGAGCCCGAGGCUAAAACAGAGAUGCCUGCCCUCACUCCGGAGGUGCAGUGUCAAGGUCUAGGAGAGGGAGGUGUAGCAGGAGGUCGACCCAGGUUGGAGCAGCUAGCCUCUGGGGUCGAGGAGGAGGUGAUGCCCCAGAUCGGCCCUGAGGCGCUGGUCUGUCACGAGGUGGAUCUGGACGACCUGGAUGAGAAGGACAAGACCUUAGCAGAAGACCUCCUAAUGAUGAUGAGUCAAGGGAAGGUCCAUGCUCCCCCUCUGUCCAAUGCCUCCUCCCACCAGACCCACAACAACCCUCCUCUGUCCUCGGGGGGCGUUGCUCCUCCACUCUGCUCCCCCACCUCUGCCCCCAGCCCUGAUGAGUCCCACAGCACCAAGAGUGAGAGCGACGUCCCCAUCGAGGUGGACAGUGUAGCUGGGGAGUCUCAGGAGGGGCUUGGUGAUAACGAGUCGGCCAACUCAAACUGCUUUGAAGCUAGCACCAGCUCCAGCAACUCCAGCAUGUCACUACAGGAGAGGGACACCAAGGACAGAGGUCAGAAAAGGUUGAUGGACUGCCAUAUGAGUUCUUCUGCAAAGAAGCAGAAGCGAAACCAGAAACGGCCAAGCACAACAUCCAAAAUUGAUAAGAACGGAGCAGGGCACAGCAGUGACAGUGAGGACCUGGCUGUCAUGGACACCUCUAGUAAGAUGACUCCAGUGCAACACUCCAGGUCUAAAGGAAGCCAGAAGCUGCUCUCUCCCAACAGUAAGGAGCUAGAGAAAUACAAGCACAAAGACAAGCAGUCCUCCUUCCCCUCCCCUCGCACUUACAAGUGGACCUUCCAGCUCAAUGAACUGGACAGCAUGACAAGUGCUGAGAGGAUAUCCUUCUUACAAGACAAACUACAGGAUAUAAGGAAGUAUUACAUGUCACUCAAGUCUGAAGUGGCCUCCAUAGACAGGAGGCGGAAGAGGUUAAAGAAGAAGGAAAGAGAAGUGUCCCACACCACAGCGUCAACGUCGUCCGGCUCGUCAGACACUGGGAUGAGCCCCUCCUCUGCCUCGCCCACUCAGAACACUGUGGCUGUCGAGUGUAGGUGAUGACACGCCUCCUCCCCCAUGGCGAUCACCUUGCCCAUCUCUGCCUGCCAGCCCAGCAUCCCGCUGCCUCCCUGGAGACACAGGGUACAUCUAAAAUGGCACCCUAUUCCCUAUAUAGAGAAUAUAUUUUGACCAGAGACCCUGAUCAAAAGUAGUCUACUAUAUAUGGCAUAGGGGUGGCACUCACGUACUGACACAUAGGAGCAAGCGGCCUAAAGCACUCGACUGCCCCCCUCGGUCUCCUUUCACCCCUUAUCCUUUCUACCAUAUCCCGUCCACCACUUUCCUGCCUCGUAGUCAUUUUAGUCCACCUAUAGCAGUCGUCAGGAAAUGGAUUCCAUGUGAGUUGAAUGUAAAGGAAACUACAAACCCGACAUACCCCGUCAGACUCCAUCCUUGAACAGUCCAUGGCACUUUUCUCCUCCCGCUCUGUCAGAACCACAGAAACAUAUAACCUCCUCUGGUUCCCCAAACGGGACCAAUCUGGAUGCAGUAAUGAAUCAAUAAUGUCCCAGACAGAACCAGACAAAUGCAAUGUAUGUAACCUACAAUGUAAAGGGUUCCUACCUAUGUUAAUAAUGGUCACUUAACCAGCUGGACAUGGUUUGCAAGAAGGUAAAUUAUGUUCGCUUGCACCAUCAGAACUGCCAAAGUACUAGUGUUACAGCAGAGUGCCCUAUUUUGGAAAAGUGUGAAAUUCAAUUGUGAAAGGGAAUGUAGUUUACUGAAAACUGCAGCUGUUGUCUUCCACUAUUGGAGUGUCAGCACAGAUGAAUUAUGCAAACAAUUUUUUUGUUAUUUUUAAGAAAAGUAAUUUAAAAAAAAU